AUGCUUAUUGAUGAUAGCCCGUCCAAAUCGGAACUCUUUGAUAACUUCUCAUUCCUCGCAAAUGUUGCCCAGCCUACCUUUCUUAUUAUGCACAUGGCACAAGAUGGGACUUUGUUCUCCGAAGACUAUCUUCCAGUGUUGAUCAUUGAUGAUCGUACUUUUGCGACCGGACUGGCUUUAUGGGCUGGGUUUGAGAAUAAUAGCGUUGCAGAUCAAAUAAAUUUCGCGUUUUUCCGUGGAUCCAAUUAA